AUGCUCUCGUACGGUGAUGGAAUUGCAUUGAAUUCCGAAAAAAGAAUGUGCAGUAAGCAGCUCCGUUAUUCAUACAAUUACGUACACAUAUAUACCUUAGUAACACUGAAUUCUAAACCUGCGAAAGACUCUGACUUGAUCUUGCUUAUCGAUACUUCGCUUCCACGUAUGUACAGGCCUCAUACAAUACAGCACGAUAUUGCGCAAGCGUGUGAUAUUGGCGCUUUCUCUCAGCACAAUCAUUACCGCUUUUCAUUCAAAGCAAUGCAAAAAAGAAGCUAUGAUGACAAUCCUGCAUAA